AAGGGAGCAGAAAGACAGAAGGAACAGGGUGGGAAAGGGAGAGAAAGCAAGGAAAAGAAGACAGCUACUUGGGGAAAGGAGUGAAAGAAAGAAGGAAGCUGAGGAGAGAGUGAGAGGCAGAAACAGUCCUUGGUCAAAAAGGGAAGACCAAGGAGUAGAAGGGCUAGGAAAUGGCGUUGCUCCUGUGGCUGGGGUCCCAGCUGUCAACCUGCUGGAACAACAUCUCCAUCCUGGGAGUUUUCCUCACAGUCUUCACUUUGGUUCUUGAUUUCAUGAAGCGCAGGAAGAAGUGGAGCCACUAUCCCCCGGGCCCGACCUCCCUGCCCUUCAUUGGGACCAUGCUGCACAUCAAUUUCCGCAGCCCGCACCUCUCCUUCAACCAGCUUAGUAAGAAGUUCGGAAACAUCUUUUGUCUCCAGAACUGCUGGACCAACGUGGUAGUGCUGAAUGGGUAUAAAACAGUGAAGGAUGCGCUGGUCCACAGAUCAGAGGAUUUUGCUGACAGGCCAUACUUUUCAAUAUAUGAGCAUGUGGGCUAUGGCACUAAAUCUGAAGGGAUUGUUAUGGCAAGAUAUGGGCAUGUCUGGAAGGAGCUAAGGAAAUUCACGCUCACUACCUUGAGGAACUUUGGGAUGGGAAAGAAACCCUUGGAGGAGCGAGUGACCGAGGAAGCAGCAUAUCUGUGCUCUGCAAUCCGUUCUGAAGAAGGUCAUCCUUUUGAUCCACUUCUUCCUAUAAAUAAUGCAGUCUGCAACGUUAUCUGCACCACCAUCUAUGGAGAACGUUUUGCCUACGGUGAUGAGAUGUUCAAGAAGCUGCGACAUUUGCUUGAAAACUCCAUAAGUGCAGAAGUUGGAUUCCUGCCUGAGCUUCUUAACGUGGUGCCUAUUUUGUUGCGCAUCCCUGGAGUGCCGCAGAAAGUCUUUCAAGGGCAAAAGAAGCUCAUGGACUUCAUAGACGUUCUCAUAAAUAAGCACAGGGAGACCUGGAACCCUGCUUACACCCGAGAUUUCACUGAUGUGUUUUUAAAGGAAAUGGAGAAGGGUAAGGGGGCUGAAGAGGAAGGUUUCAAUCACAACAACCUUCGCCUGGUUACAUCAGACUUGUUUGUAGCUGGUUCUGAGACCACCUCCAUCACCCUCCGGUGGGCGCUUCUGUACAUGCUUCUCUACCCAGAAAUACAGAGUAAGGUCCAAGCGGAGAUUGAUAAGGUGCUUGGCAGAGAGAGAUCACCCACAAUGGAGGACCAAGUGAGCAUGCCCUACACCAAUGCUGUGAUCCAUGAAGUACAACGUUGUGGGGAUAUUGUUCCUACUGGACUACGUCAUAUGACACUCCGGGACACUGAGAUUCAAGGCUUCUUCAUUCCCAAGGGGACGACAAUCAUCACCAACUUGUCUUCUGUGCUGAAGGAUGAGACAAUGUGGGAGAAGCCAAACCAAUUUUACCCCGAGCAUUUCCUGGAUGUGAACGGGCGGUUUGUGAAACGAGAGGCCUUCAUGCCUUUCUCAGCAGGUCGCCGCAUUUGCCUGGGGGAACAGCUGGCGAGGAUGGAGCUCUUUAUUUUCUUUACCACUCUCCUGCAGAAAUUCACCUUUGUACUCCCUGAGAAUCAGCCCAGGCCACGGGAGGACGGUUACUUUGCCUUCACGUGCGCCCCGUACCCCUACCAGGUGCGAGCUGUCCCAAGAUAAGUGCACAUUGUUCUCCUUGCACCCAAAGAACACCACAAUACACAAAUCAAGCUAGUUUAGAGAAACACAUGUCAGAAAUGUUGUAGGUCUCACUGAGUCUGUGUAUAGGCUGGAACACAGUAGGUUCUGCUCAUCUCAAGUCUGUCCUCAGCUGUGUAGAGCAAAGGUCUGGCCCAGCUAAACCCUAUAGUUUAGCUUAAUCCUAGUCCAGGAUCUUGAAUCACACAGCCAAAGCAAGUUACAAAUAAUGAUCAUAUUAGCAAAUACACUUAAACUGAAUCAGUCAGUUCUGCUGUAGUUUGGCUGGGCUUUGUCACUGGCUGCAGAAAGAGGCUCACUGAGUGCACAGCUACUGAACAAAUCUUACUCCUGAAUUACUGUUUACUGAAAUACAAGGAUAUCUCAGGUAAAAGACAAUCCCUGGAUCUUGCUCAUUUUAUGAGCAAAAAAGUUGGAAAAAACUGUGAGAUACUCUGGUCCGACUCCUUUGUCUGCCCCGCCGCACAUACAGCCACUCUUGGCCUUCCUUGCCAUGCGGGCCAGGGCAGUGCGCGUCUCUGCGUGUCCUUCCUCCUGGUGCCCAGGGGAGUCCAGCUCUGCCUUAGUUCCUGCAAAAACAGUUCACUCACUGCCAGACACUGGUUUUCGCAUGUACUAUCUGUGGGCAGGGCAAGAGCGUCAGCUCUGACAAGGUGACAUUUAAAUACAAAGCAAUGCAUGUUUUCAGGGUGGUGCUCCUGCAAAAGCGUACCAUUCGAGAAAUAUGUAAGCUCUUCACUACUUCCUGCUAUCGCAUACUUUGCCUUCGUUUAUAGCCCCAAAGAAAGUAAAUUUUAUUCCAGAGAAAUGCCUGACAACCGCUACAUUAUACUAAGUCUCUGAUAGGGGUAAAUACAAAAAAAAGUGUCCGUAAAUUAUCAGCAUGAUGUUUCAGACACAUAAGCAGGUAAUUUGUGAAAUAAUACUAGAUUUUCUGCAUAUAUCUUUAAAGAGGAAUCCUGGUGUUUAGAUUUACUCUCUCCUAUCUAAUGAAAACUGAAAACUGCUUUUUUCAGUGUUACAUAAACUGAGCUCUUGGGCAGCACCUUUGGUACUCAAGAAAGGAUGGAGAUAAGCUGCUGUUUGAAGUAGUACAGCUGUAGGUUUCAGAGGUAGCUUUCUCAUUUUUCCUGCAAUAUUGCUGACAAAUUGUCUUGCAAGGUGUUAAGGAGAUCAGAUAUGUUGAUGUUUAGAUAAGUAGAAACUAAAUUUUAACCAUGUGAUUGAAAAGACUCCAGCACAAAGGAGCUCAUAGGCACUGUCACAACUAAAAAAAAACUGAGUGCAUGUAUGUGCACACACUCACAUAUAUCUUUCUAAUAGUAAACGUUAGAAGCUAUGAAGGCUAUUGAAUUAUGCAAAUAAUUGUUAAUAACUUUUGGUAUGAUUUUAAUGUCAGCAGAAAUUGCACAUUUAUGCUUUUCACCCACAAAAUAAUCCAAAAGAAUAAAAGUGAUCUGAAAAGUCUG